GAACUUGUUGCAAAAAUAGCUAAAAAACACGUUAAAUUGGGGCUUACAGACUUGUGAGGGAAGGAGUUACAGGGGAUCCAUUAGCUGAUCAACUAAAUGCGCAUCAAAAUGAAUUGUGAAGUGCAGGAACAGCAAAAACCUGAGCCACAGCAGCAGCAGCAGCAACAACAAUCGUCGCUGCUUCAGCCCCUGUCUUCACCGCAGCCACAACAGCAGCAACAAGAAAGUAGCGACGAUGACGACUUGAGUACCACAGAGCGACAGAAUUUGGAGUUUGCCAAGAAGUUGGGGUACAGUGAUCAGUCGAUACACUCGGCUCUAACUCGCCUGGGAUCAGAGGCUAAACAGAAUGAGUUGCUGGCUGAGCUUAUCAAACUGACGGCGGACGCCCCCCGACCUGCCACAAACAGCAAUAGUCUAACGAACAGCAACCACCACAUAACCAGUUCAACUGCCCUAUCCACUGGCGGCGUGGGAUCACUGCGACACAUUGUGAUCGAUGGCAGCAAUGUGGCCUUAUCGCAUGGCAACAACCUAAUCUUCUCCUGCCGCGGCAUACGCAUCUGUGUGGACUGGUUCCGGCAGCGAGGCCAUCGCGACAUCACCGCCUUUGUGCCCAAUUGGCGCAAGGAGAUGGCCAACAACAAUAUCAGCGAUCAGGAGCUGCUUUAUGAACUGGAGCAUGAGCGGGUAUUAGUGUUCACACCAUCCAGGCAUCUGGAUGGGAAGCGCGUCUCCUGCUACGACGAUCGGUUCAUACUCAAGCUGGCGGUAGAGACGGACGGCAUUGUGGUGUCCAACGAUAACUAUAGAGACUUAAUUUUGGAAAGCAAUGAGUACAGAAAAGUGGUACAGGAACGUUUACUCAUGUAUUCGUUUGUGAAUGACAUAUUCAUGCCGCCCGACGACCCCCUAGGGCGUUCUGGUCCCACCCUGGAUCAGUUUCUGUACUCGCAGACGCAGCAGAAAAUGGCCGAUGCCCAGCAGCUGUGUCCCUACGGCAAAAAAUGCACCUACGGCCAGAAAUGCAAGUUCCGGCAUCAGCAACCGUGUCCAUUGCUGCAACGACUGCCACUCCAGGCCUCGCACAGUGCGCCGCUGCACACCAACGGAGGCCAGCCCCUGACAAGUGGCCAUAUCGGGAACAAUAUCAAAAUCAAUUCCCUGAUCAACCGAGAGCCCCUGAGCCGGACCAAGUCAAACACAAUUGAGAAAGUGUCACAGCAGCAGCUGUGCCAGGCCUUUACCAGCCAACUGGAGGUCUCCGAGACGGCCACAGACAAUCAACCGAAUCGCCACAAGAAGCUGCAACGCCAACAACCGCCGCCCGCCUAUCGCCUCCUAGUGCCCACCUACAGUGCUCCCCUGCAGCAGCAGCAGUCGCUACAGCAACAGCAGAGCUCCAACUUCCAUCAUCAUCAGUAUCUGACGCGCACUCCGUCCGCUCCAGUGACGGACCAAGGACUAGCCCUUCCACUGCCCGCACACAAUUUCUCGCACCUGUCCGCCUCUGAUUCGCGCAUCAACGAGGAGCUUCACGCUGCCACGCAAAUGCCGCGCGAAGAGCAGCGUCGUCUGUUGCGCUAUCACCUGAGCAGCCUCUUUCCGCCGCAUCAGGUGCACGCCGUGCUGCAGCUCUAUCCCGAUGAGACCGAUGCCAAGACCAUCUGCGCAGCUAUAAUUAAUUUAUUUCCGCAUAAUUAGGCUAAACUUAAGAUUCUUAAUAUAAUUAGAUUUGUAAUUACAGUUUUA